CACGUAAAUGAUGUUGUUUUGGUAAUAAAUGUAAAUAUUCCUGGUUGACAGUUGCUCCGAACAUAAAUUAUAUGCAGGGGAGGCUGAAAAUCCCGUGGCUUGGGAAUUAGUUUUGAGGAGACUUAAUGUUAGGAGAAAUGUUUCAAUUGUCGAAUAGUCAUUGAACGAAUAAAAAUGAAAGUUGUCUGUGCUGCACCGAACUGUAAAUACUCUUCUGAUCAUGAAGACUCCAGUCAUGUCAUUUUCGUCAGCUUUCCGAAUGAUGAUACGGCUACUGUGUGGGCCCACAACUGCGGUAGACCAGACCUAAUAAUCAAGUCAAACGAGGAAUUACACCUCAAUUACUACAUUUGUUCGGACCACAUAGAAGACCAAUAUUUCCUGAGCAAAACAAAUCAGAUAAUUAUCACUCAAGGGGCAAUACCAACUCUCUUCGGUGUUCAAAUGCAGUCAGGGCGAUUGGACUCAUUAAAACCCUCAUAUUCAUCCACCGACGUUAUGAAUCCCCCAGAAUUGAGCGAUUGCCAGGAAAACUACGUGGGUGCAGCCUCGGAAUAUCAAAACACAAUUUACAAUGGUAAUAUCUCCAGUGAUAACAACGGGGCGGAUGAAAUUAAUGGAAAUGAGGAGGUGCAGAAUCAGGAGGAGAACAAUUUAAAUUUUGAAAAUAUCAACGUUAAUAUGGAGCAGUUCGAGGACAUGACCAUGAGGUUCUUGAACCUCUGCAGGAUUUGUGGAAAGAAUGCCAGUGAAUCUAUCAAUAUAUUCGAUGGGAGAGAGGAUGGAGUCACUCUCCAGCAGAAGAUUAGACUCCAUUUACCGAUAAUUAUGGAGAGUGGAGAUGGACUGCCACAGAAAAUAUGUGGGGAGUGUUGUGGGAAGAUCGAGAGCUCACAUGAGCUUGUGAUAACUAGUUUACUGAAUGAUAUGAGAUUGAGGAAGUUCUUGAAUUUACCAAAUAAGUACAAUUACGAAGAAAAGUAUAGAUCCCUCAUAUCAAAGCACGAGUUACAAUCAGCAGACGAUGCAUUCUUCGAUGGUAUCACAUCCGGGAGCUGCGAUCUCCCCAAAACUCCCGCAGAACCAAGUUCUCCACCUUCUGAAAAAGAAAAACGCCUGAAAUUCGUAUUACAUUCAGACCUGAACAACUUGAUCCUCCAGCCCCUGCAUUUCCAAAAUGACGAGAGAGCCAAGACUGAUUUGCAGAGAGAUGCAGUGGUAUCAGCGACUGAGGUAAUGAUUGAUCAGCAAUCAGACGAAUUGAACUGUUCAGAUGGGCACGAGGGGUUCCAAACUGAAUGUGAAAGUACCCCAGUAUUGACAGCAGAGGGCAAUCCUCAAGGCGAAGAUGCUGUACUGAAUAAUAAGGAUGAUGGGGCAGUGGCACCUGAGCAGGGGUCAGUGAGGUCUAGUCGUCGCUGUGGCCACUGCUCCCAGGCCUUCCUCAAUCGCAAGGACAUGCAGAUGCAUCUGGCUGAGGCGCACAGUGGCGAAGGGGCACUAUUCAAGUGCGGAAUGUGCGAUAAGUCGUAUGAGAAGUGGUCCAGCCUGGAUGUUCACGAGGCCACUCAUCGCCAGGACAAGCCCUACCUCUGCGAUCUCUGUGGAAAGAGCUUCAAACACUCGAACAAUCUCAGAGGGCAUAAACGAGUCCAUCUGGAUGCUGCUAGGAAGAAACGACACGUUUGCGAGACUUGUGGGAGUGCCUUUCGAUCGAGGUUUCAUCUUCGCGAACAUAUGAAUCAACACGAUGGAAACAAGCCCUACGUGUGUGAACAAUGUGGAAAGGCAUUUUCGAAGAGAAUCCAACUACGACAGCACAGAUUGUCUCACGGAAUUAACAAAUAUGCCUGUCCAAUCUGUGGAAUGACUUUUAAUCGAAGGGGCAAUAUGAAUACACAUUUCAAGAGGCAUAGUAACAGUGAUGGCACGUAUAAGUGCAGUGUCUGCGACUGCAAAUGUAAAUCGAUGAGCGAUUUGAAAUGCCACCGGAAGAGUCACAGCUUAAACGACAUAAUCGAAAGUAUAAAGCAGAGAUCAAUCGACCAGACGAUCUGGCAGUGUGCAACCUGCAGCCGAGUAUUCUCGAAACGCACACACCUGUCUAAUCACGAACGAACCCACAAAGUUGAUCAGCCGAAAGUCGAGUGCGAUAAGUGCGGGAAGAAGUUGGCGAGCAAAAGCUCCUUAAGGUAUCACGUGAAGUCGAUGCACACGUGCGAGAGAACCCACCUGUGUCAAUUCUGUGGCAAUGCAUUUGUCUCGAGAGAAGCCAGACUCAUUCACGAGAGAAUCCACACUGGAGAGCGACCCUAUUCCUGCAAAUUGUGUAAUAUGGAGUACAGAUGCUCGAGUAAUCUCAGCCAACACAUGAAAGCUCACGCCGAGGUUCGACCUUUUGUUUGUCAAUAUUGUUCCAAGUCUUUUACACGGAGAUCAGCUAUGACCGUUCACGAGAGGAUUCACACCGGGGAGAAACCAUUCGUCUGCUCUGUGUGCAAUCGUGGAUUUUCCCAGAAGUAUGACAUGGUGAAACACGAGAAAACACACGAACCCAAAACACUGAACUGCGAAAAGUGCCAGGAGACGUUUAGUUCGAAGAGCGAAAUUUUGAAGCACCUGGAGUGCAGCCACAAACCAGAGCGACGGGCCACUGACGCCGGUGGAGAGUAUGUUGAAAUGGAGAAUUUUGAUGACUACUCGUUGAAUGUCGAAUGUCCUGUGGGAGAAACUGAUCAAAUGGAUGAGAUUCAGUAUUCGUGAUUGUGAACAGAUUUUUAUGAAUGGAAUUUUAAAAUUGAGCAGAUCCACGCCAACAAAGUCGAUGCUGAGGAUUUUUGUCUCAAUGUUUUUCUGAGAAGAUGGGGAUUAGACAAAAGUUUUCGAAAAAAGAAUUGAGAAAUAUCGAUAAUGGAGGGAGUUAUGAUUUUUUGAAAAUGAUUAGUUUUUGUCAAGAAAUUUUGUUUUCCA